AUGUCAGACGCCGUAUACUCAACACCAGAGUGGUAUCUCAAAGCCCAGGAUCAAGAUGUGAGCAGCGACAUAGGCCGCCUGACAAUUUAUCAUCUCGGUUUCAAGCAGGCAGCAGAGGGGAAAUUAAUAUUCCCGUCGAUUGACUUCUCGACGCAACCUCAAGCUAUACUCGAUGUUGGGACUGCGGAUGGUCUCUGGAUGCGUGAGGUUCAGUCUUUAGUUGCUAAACCAGCUCAAGGUGAACAUACCUUCAUUGGCACUGAUAUCAAUACGUCCUUCUUCCCAAAUACAACUACGCAAGGUAUCAGCUAUGUAAAACAAGAUAUCAAGGAUCCUCCACCGGAACUAUGGCACGAGUCUUUUGAUCUCAUCAACAUGCGCAUGAUUCUCAUCGCCGCUGGUUCCAGCUCAGCUCAACGCGCCGUGGUGAAUGAGCACAUCAAACUUCUCAAACCAGGUGGAUGGAUGCAAAUCGGCGACUGCGACCGUAUCUGUCCAACUACUGAGACUGAGAACCCGAGAUAUCACGAUAUGUUUGCGUGUAUCAGGGCAGUUUGCCAAGCCUCGGGCCUAGAUCCUCUCGAAGCGCCAAAGAUGAAGUCUUGGUUGGUUGAAGCUGGAUUGGAAGACGUACACGAGAUGACUGCUAUGAGGGCGGUCGGUAAGAGAAAUACGGAUGAGGAGUUGGGGAGAUUGGGGGUUGGAGCGGAUUUGAUCAUCGCAAAGGGGUUUGCGGCGGGUGCUAAGGGCUUGAUUCCUUCUUUGAGGCCGUUGCCGGAUGAGACGCUGGACAGCCUUGUGCAAGAUCUAGAGACAGAGCUGAAGGACAUAGGGGCUUACUUUCCCAUGCGUUUUAUUUGGGGCCGAAAACCAUUGUAA